GACAAACAACGCCAAAUUUUUCUUUAACUUCAACUGCCAUGGAUCAAUACGGCGAACCGACUGCUCCUUCAGUUGACCCUUACUCAGAUGCGUACAAUGCACCAGCACCUGCUACUACCACAUCAGAAACCAGAGACCGGGACACCGCCCCAACACGCGGUCGUUCUCGUUCCAGAAGUCCUGGAGCCCGCAGCACCGGUUACCGUAGUCCUCCUCCAAAACGCAGGUCUCCACCUCCUAAAAAGCCAACACAUGCUCCAAUUGCGCCUAACCCCUCCCAAGUUUUGGGGGUAUUUGGAUUAAGCAUUAGGACACAAGAGCGGGAUUUGGAUGAGGAGUUCUCUCGCUUUGGAAGAGUUGAAAAAGUCACAAUUGUUUACGACCAGAGGUCCGACCGUUCUCGUGGUUUCGGCUUUAUAAGAAUGUCCAGCACUGAAGAAGCUACUCGCUGCAUUCAGGAACUCAACGGAGUCGAACUGAAUGGACGCCGCAUUCGAGUUGACUAUUCUGUCACUGACAGACCGCACGCACCAACUCCUGGAGAAUAUAUGGGACAUCGUCGCUCGACUAGGGACACCUAUUCAGGCUCAGGCCGUGACUCUUACCACCGCGACUCCUACCGUGACUCAUAUCGUGACCGCGAUUACCGCCGUUCCGAUCGCGAUAAGGAUAGGGACCCCUACGGUCGCGACAGCCGUGAUUGGCGCGAUCGUCGCAGCCCUCGUCGUUACUCACCUGAUUACAGGAGGCGUGGGAGCUACUCCAGGAGUCCUCCUAGGGGUAGUAGCCCUCGCAAGGAUUUUGAUGGCCCUUCAGGGACCGGUGCGGCAAACUCUUCCAACCAGGCUGAAAAUGGCGGUAGUCGUUGGUGAUGGUUCAGCUGUCAGCGGAAAUCAUUUCGAAGGUGUGCAAGUCGUGGUCCCUUGUUUCAAUUAUCGAUAGGCGAAAGCAUGGACAAGAGGUCUCGUUCGUACAAGCACAAGUGAUUGAAGAGGUUCAUGGCGGUCAUCCCCCAGCAAGCCUCAAGUUGGCAAUGUUCUCGUUACUUCCCUAUCUUGAAGAAAGCAAGACAUGGUUUCCGCGUUCGCUAUUUCAGACAGAAAACCAAGUUCAAAGUUCAUUUCAUCCUCGACU